UAGGGUUUCUCUAGUACGUUAGAUUGGCUUCAAGUCAAAGAUUUUUUUUUCUGGGGUUUUUUUUUUCCUAUAUUGGUUUGUUUUUUGUGAGUGCAAGAGAAUAUGAGGUUUUCAGUAAUAUUAAAGGGUUGUGGUUUCACAUGGAUUAUUUUUGUUAGAGAUUUUCUAUAGUUUAGAAUUUCUCAGAGUCAGUUGUUUUCCCGUAGUUUGGGAUUUAUUGGUUAUAGUUUAACCAUUACGGGGGAGUUCUAGUUGAACGCUCAAAUUCUUAGGUCAAGUUUUUUUUAGUCCGGUGUAUGGACUGUCCAAGUCAUGGACGAUUGUUUUUUUGGAGCUGCAGUUGCGCCCACGGGAUGUAUUCCCAUUGUCAAGACCCAAAAAAAAAGAGUUGAAGUUUUCAUCCUCCUUGUCUAAGUUGAAGUUCAUUCCCGAAGGAAUCUACUGAUUUGUUUUCCUCGAUAUAGUGUCCACGACAUACGUGGUCUACUUUGUGGUUGCAGAUUUGCGUGUUGCAUCCCACGUUUGUCGUGCGGGGAAGUAUUAGAGAUAUGUCGGGCCGGAAGAUGUGUAUCUUACGGACCAAGAUUGUGAAGUCCGUGAAACCCAUGAAGACCGUGAAGACUAAAAGGAAAGACUUGAAGAGCAGACGCAGGUUGGUUCCGGGUUCAGAGGGAUUAGUCAGUUGGUCACGGCAGCCAGAUCACCUCCUGAUUAUUAAAAAAAAACAAUCGCGUCUCCGGGACGCGGAAUAUUGGCGAUGGACGAGUCAAACGCGACUUGCGGGAAGCGUUUGGCAUCGAUUGGGCUAGAGAACACGGAGGCUAACCGUCAGGCUUACCGGACGCUGCUUGUGUUAGCUCCAGGAUUGGGACAGUACAUCUCUGGGGCUAUCCUCUUCGAGGAAACUCUCUACCAGUCCACCGUGGACGGCAAGAAAAUGGUCGAUGUUCUCGUCGACCAGAACAUCGUCCCUGGCAUCAAAGUCGACAAGGGUUUGGUGCCACUUGUUGGGUCUAACGACGAGUCAUGGUGCCAAGGACUUGACGGUUUGGCCUCUCGUACCGCUGCUUACUACCAACAAGGUGCUCGUUUCGCCAAAUGGCGUACUGUUGUGAGCAUUCCAAAUGGACCCUCUGCCUUGGCUGUUCAAGAAGCAGCUUGGGGACUUGCCCGCUACGCUGCUAUCUCUCAAGACAGUGGUCUGGUACCCAUUGUGGAGCCGGAGAUUCUGUUGGACGGAGAACAUAACAUUGACAGGACAUACGAAGUUGCAGAGAAGGUUUGGGCUGAGGUCUUCUUCUACCUCGCUCAGAACAACGUCAUGUUCGAAGGUAUCCUCCUAAAGCCGAGCAUGGUUACUCCUGGUGCUGAGUCCAAACACAGAGCCACUCCCGAGCAAGUUGCUUCCUACACUCUCGAGCUCCUUCGCAACAGAAUCCCUCCUGCUGUUCCCGGAAUCAUGUUCCUGUCUGGUGGACAAUCCGAGUUGGAGGCGACCUUGAACCUAAACGCAAUGAACCAAGGACCGAACCCAUGGCACGUGUCCUUCUCCUACGCACGUGCAUUGCAGAACACUUUCUUGAAGACAUGGGGAGGCAGAGAAGAGAACGUGAAGGCGGCUCAGGAGACACUCUUGACCCGAGCCAAAGCCAAUUCGCUGGCUCAGCUCGGGAAAUACACAGGAGAAGGUGAGUCCGAGGAUGCCAAGGAGGGUAUGUUUGUAAAAGGAUACACCUACUAAACUGUUUUUGUAUGAAUGGUUCGUUCCCUAGAUCAAAAACUCAAAACUUGAGCUUGAAUCUGGUGUCUGAGUUACUAUAAUUAUAAUACUCUUCUUAUGAGA